ACGAAACCUUGCGAAUUACUGUUCCGAUCGUACACCUGUGUCAUUGAGAUGUCGAACUGCAUCUCCGGGGCGACCCGAGCCCUCAAGGCAGCGCGAUUGCCCGUCCAAACCUCCGCGCGCCGAACCCUCGCAUAUACCAAUGGUUGCAAAUCGGAUCUGGAAACAAAAUGGAAGGCAUCAUGUAUUAUGCAGACGCAGGGAUUGGGAGUGCAGGGCCAGAACAGAGCGUUCUCAAGCUCAUCCCCGCGCUAUAAGCUCAAGACAAUUGAGCAGAUCAAAACGAGAAACAAGGGUGGGCCUUUCAACCUCACAGCUGCAAUUCUACUCGUCGGUACCGGUGGCGGAUUAUGGGUAUAUUUCAGAUCCGAAAAGGAGCGCAUGGCGAGGAAGCGAAUUGCGGAGUCAACCAAGGGUGUAGGCAAGCCAAAGGUCGGUGGACCGUUUGACUUGGUGGAUCAUGACGGAAAUAAAUUCACGCACGAAAAUCUAUUGGGCAAAUACACACUGGUCUACUUCGGCUUCACACACUGCCCCGACAUUUGCCCCGACGAACUCGACAAGAUGUCUCUCAUGUACGACAAGGUGCGCGAGCAAUGCGGCAACGACGUCCUCCUUCCCAUCAUGAUUACCUGCGAUCCGGCGCGUGACAGCCCCAAGGUGUUGAAGGAGUACUUGAAGGAGUUUCAUCCCGACAUUGUGGGCUUGACCGGCGAAUACGAGAAAAUCAAGCAGACAUGUAAGGAGUACAGGGUGUACUUUAGCACACCACCUCACGUCAAGGAUGGCCAGGAUUACUUGGUGGACCACAGUAUCUACUUCUAUCUGAUGGACCCAGAAGGUGAUUUCGUUGAAGCCAUCGGUCGCAACUUUACCGCAGCCCAGGCCGCAAGGAUCAUCUCUGAUCACAUCAAAGACUGGGAUAAGCCGCUGAAGAAGGAAACACGAUGGACAUAAGAGACAACUCGUCUUUU